AAGAGAAGCAUAGUUUACUGAAAAAUACCGCUAAAAACAGACUACCUCAAAAUGAAUCUCUUUUAUUUACCAUUUUGAGUUUUACAUUAAUACCGGAUAGUUAAGAUGGGCUGCUGCUCGGGGAGGUGUAUGUUGAUGUUCUUCUGCGCUCUUCAGCUGAUCACUGCUGUGGAGAGACAGGUGUUCGACUUUCUAGGUUACCAGUGGGCACCCAUCCUUGUCAACUUCCUGCACGUCAUUGUGGUGAUAUUGGGCUUGUUUGGGACAGUCCAGUAUAAGCCUCGCUGUAUAGUUUUGUAUAUAGUCUGGAGCGUGUUUUGGGUGACUUGGAAUAUCUUUAUCUGUUGCCUUUAUCUUGACCUUGGAGGGCUUUCAAAGGACAGCAAUUACCUGUCAUUGGGACUUUCAUCUUACCGUUCAUGGUGGAAAGACAAUGGUCCAGGCUGUGAGAAUGGAAACCUCCCAACCACUAGAUGGCAGCAUAUGGAAAGUCCUGCUCUGGUCUCUGAGCUGGGCUGUGUGUUAGAAUUUCAGUACAUCGAAGUUAUGCACAGCGCCCUGCAACUGUUCAUUUCUGCCCUGGGAUUUGUAUUUGCCUGCUAUGUUGUCAACAUCUUCAAUGAAGAGGAAGACACAUGUUUAUUUGUAUAAGUGACAGUGUCCAGAUCUCAUCAACCUUUUAAGAGGGAGAACGAACAUUGAGAAGGGAAAGAGAUGAAAGAAAAGGACAUUAACCAUUCUCAGAAUGGACCAGAGUGGAUGGAUUCCAAAUGAUGUAUAAACAUAACAAAACAUGCAAAUUAAGACAACAAGAGUGAUGUGAAUAUGAACAUGAAAAUUCAAAAGUAUGUGUGUUUUAUUAUUUUUAUUUUGCCUAAUGACACUUUGAACUCAACAAGUGAACAAAAAACAAGACACAAGACAUGUUUGGCAACUAUUAAUCCAAAGCUAAAGGAUACAGCAAUGGACCUCACAUGCUUUUAUGAAUACAUAUUUAUUUUCCUUUCUGGAUAUGAUUUUUCUGUGAAACAGUUUUGCAUACUGUUUUAGUAAGUAGCUUAUAAUUUUACAGUUCAAAUGGUAGACUAUAUUUUGUACAUUUAGCCUACAUUUUGUACAUUUUAAACAUAUUGUAAAGAUCUCUUUCAGUUCAUCUGUUUAAUUGUGGAAAUUAAAAGAAGAAGAAUUAAUUGCUUUACAUGCACUUGUGUCAUUAUACAGCAAAAUGCUGUUAAAUGUUUAAUGAUCAACAUCUGUCUCUUUUACUAUCUGUAACACGAGCCGUGUUUGUGAGAGGAGAGAGCAAUUACAAUACCUGCAUGUGCUGGUCUGUGUCUUACAAGCAAAACAGAAACAUUGUAAGUUAACACUUUCUGAACAUUAAACCUCAUUUUGUAAAUGUAAAUAAUGCAGCAUUUACUGAACACUGUUGAAUGCUGACUGUAGUGAGUCAUAUCUUUUAUUUUGUUAAAUUAUACAUGUAGUGUAUAUCUUAAUAAAUAUUUGUUAGUAAAA